UUAAAAUAAAUUAUUAUUAUAAAAUAUCAAAAAUCAUUUUAAAAAUGGAUGAACAGAAAAGUAAUUAUGAAGAAAUGAUGCUUGCUGAUGUUAGUAACUAUUUAUCUAAAUCUGUUUAUCGUCAUGACUGCACCCUAAAUGAUAAGCGGACAAUUAGACGAAAAGCAAAAAGGUUUAGAAUGGAGGAUAAUAAACUGCAACGCAAGAUAAAGAAGGACUUAUGGUUAGAAGUGGUUUUUAGCAAGGCGCAAAGAAAACAAAUUGUUAAUUCGUGUCAUAGCGAACCUACUGCUGGACAUCUUGGUAGAACACGAACUUUCUACAAGGUUGCAGAACGAUUUUACUGGCCAGGAAUUUUCAAAGAUGUAGAAAAUGCUGCUAAUGGCUUAGAUGAGCGGUUCAAUCAAACCAUUCAGUUAAUGCUUGUAAAGUUUUGCAAUGACCGGCACAGUACAUGGGAUACUCAUUUGGAUGCAUGUACUUUUGCAUACAAUACGUCAAAGCAGAAGUCUAUAAAAUACACUCCCUUUGAGUUAAUGUUUGGUAGAAAACCCAUACUUCCUAUUGAAUUUGAAGUUGCUGGUGAAUCUCCUGAAUCGUUGUUAUUUGAUUUUAACGCAAGACCUGAGAGUAGUCAACAUUUCAUGAACAAAAUAAUAGAGGAAAGAUCAUGUAUCCUAGAAAAAGCUAAAAAAAAUAUCGAAACAGCUCAAGAAAAACAGAAACUGCAUUAUAACAAGAAGCAUGCUAAUCCAUUUGUUUAUGCAAUUGGAUCCAAAGUCCUGAUCAAGGAUUUUUUGCGGAAAAAACGAAAAGAUGGAAAACUAGAUUUCAGAUGGCUUGGACCUUUCUGUAUUUUGAAAAAUUUAGGAAAGGGGUCAUAUCUCUUACAAGAGAUAGCCAUCUUAAAGGAAAAAAAGGUUAAUGGUGCUCACAUUAAGCCAUACAUUACUUGUGAUAUUAAUGUGGCAAUAACAGAGGCGGAUUCUUUUAAAGAAUGUAGUAAAAUUGAUAGUAGUCAUACAAAUCCAACAGCAAAGAAAAAAUGUUAUGAAACAAAUGUAUCCAAUAAAGAUCAGAGAAUUGAGAUAAGUACAAUUGAGGUGGAAACCUACAAAAUUGCAUCCAAAGAAACAAAAAAGGAGGUAUUGUGGAUAAAAAACAGUUUGUGUGAGUUGACAUCCAUUGAAAGAAAUAUUCUUAGGAGUGAGAAUGAGUGGCUAACAGAUAGCAUAAUUUUUGCCUCACGGAAUAUUUUAAAGGCACAGUCAUCAAUAGCUGGUUUCCAAGAUCCUAUUCUAGGAUUAAAUAUGGCAUUUCUUGCAAUGAAAAAUAGUUUUAUCCAGAUACUCCAUGAUGGAUAUGGACACUGGUUUACAAUUAGCAAUAUAGGAGCGCAAAAAAUGAAUGAAGUUUUUAUUUAUGACAGCAUGUUGAACUCUUUGAGUGAUCAAGGGAAAAAACAGAUUGCUGCCCUUUUGGUAUGUCCUGAGAAAAAAAUUAUCAUUAAAAUAAUGGAUGUUCAAAAACAGAAAGGAGGAAAUGAUUGCGGUUUAUUUGCUGUAGCUUUUGCUGCAGCUUUAACUAAGCAGAUACAACCAGAUCAUUGUUUGUUUAAACAAAAUCUGAUGCGGGAUCAUUUAUUGAAAAGCCUUCAAGAAACGGUUCUUUCCAUGUUUCCAACAGUGAAGAAUAAGCUGACAGAAAUAACACAAAAUAUGAUGUUUUAA